CCGUCUCUCAACCUAAAAAUCGCUGUCUUUCGGUCUGCAUACCUAUCAUCAUCACCAUCCCUCUCUUUCUGAAAACUCUGUCACCAUGAGAGUGAGAGCCAAACUCCUGUCAUCGCCACCACUACCCUCUUAAUUAAAUUAAAUCGCUGUACCACACACACAUACACAAAACAGUAGCGAAGAAAGAAAAGAGAAGAAUUAGUGUGACCCUCCAAAAACCUUGUUGCAUGAAUGAAUGAUAUCAUCAUCACUACUACCACAAGUCCACAACAACAACAACAACAACCUCUUCUUCUACCAUGGCUUUUCCUCCUUCUCACACCUUCAUGUUCCAAACCCAUGAAGAUCAUGAUCCCCACCAGCUCCAUCUGCGUUCAACUUCAACCUCUCUCAACGCUUUCCCCUCUUUCCCACCUCAUCACUUUCAAGGUGCAGGAGGUUUAAUGAUGAAGCGUUCGAUGUCGUUUUCCGGCAUAGACAACAACAACAACAACAACAAGUGCGAUGAAUCGCACGGGGACGACGAGUUAUCGGACGAGGGAUCUCAGCUCCUAGGGGAGAAGAAGAAGAGGCUGAGUCUGGAGCAGGUGAAGGCGCUGGAGAAGAGCUUCGAGCUCGGGAACAAGCUCGAACCAGAGAGGAAAAUGCAGCUGGCCAAAGCCCUAGGGCUUCAGCCGAGGCAGAUAGCGAUAUGGUUUCAGAACAGAAGAGCUAGGUGGAAGACUAAGCAGCUUGAGAAGGAGUAUGAAGUUCUCAAGAAACAGUUUGAAGCUGUUAAGGCCGAUAAUGACUCCCUCAAGUCCCAGAACCAGAAACUACAUACAGAGUUACAAACUCUAAAAAGAAGGGACUGCAAUGAAACUGGAACUGUAAUUAGUCUCAAGAAAGAAACUGAUCAGGGUUCUUGGAGCAAUGGCAGCAACAACAGUUCAGAGAUCAAUUUGGAUCUCUCAAGAACACCAGUGAUGAACACUAGUCCUGUGUCUUCUCAGAAUGGAAAAUCCCUUUUACCAACAACUUCUUCUAAGCCUACAAGCAUAACUCAACUCCUCCAAUGCUCAUCAAGACCAGAUCUCCAAGAUGAGAGCUUCUGCAACAUGUUCCACAUCAUUGAUGAGCAGCAGAAUUUUUGGCCCUGGCCUGAUCAUCAGCAGCAGCAGCAACACCAGUUUCAUUAAUCAAUGAAAAAACCCAAAAUUGUUGGUUUUGGACACUAUAAAUGAUUUGAGGUUGAAGAAAAGUUAUGAGAAGUAGUUAAAAAGUUCAUUGAUUAAGCUUAGCUCAACCUUCUUUUUUAUUUUUUCUUUUUUUCUUUUUUCCCUACCAGUUUUUUCCAAUUUUAUGUUUAUGAUGUAGAUUGGUGUAUAAAAAGUUUGAACACAUUUUACUUAAGUCAUGAUCAUCAGGAUUUGGUGGACUUUGAGUAGUAGUGCAACUUCUUCUUUCCUA